CUAGACUCGAGAUAAGCUCACUGGAGAAAUUGAAUGCUGCCAUCAUCAUAUCAGUUGGAAGUUCAUACGUCAUACCUAUUUUUAAUAAAUAAUUUAAAAGUAAAUACAAGUGAGGAUUGGGGAAUGACAUGAAUCUUUAUUCUCAUUGCUUCUCAGAAUUUUGAAGUCAAUGGAGCAAAGACACCCACUUUCCACCUCCAAUUGUAUCAAAGGCUACGUUCGUUUUUUUUUUUAUUUCUUUGGUUACUGAUUUUCUGCAGUUGUCUUUUUCCGUAACUUCUCUGCAUGGGUGGUUUCCCACGACUUUCUUUUUCCAUUGUUUUUCCUGCGAAAAUGUUGGAAUUUGGAUUUUCCUGAAGCUCUUAUACCCUCUUUACGGAUAAGAAACAAAAAAAGAUACAGCAUUAAGAGAAAACAUCCAAACCGAAUAUGGCCUCUGGUAGUGAGAGUAAUGCCCCUCUUUUGAACAAGGAGGCAGAGAAAAAGCCAAAUGAUGACCAGGCUGCCAAUGAUCCCCUGACAGACCUUGAGCGUGGAGAUGCAGAUCAGGCAGCAAAAGUGGGAUUUUUCAGAGUAUUUUUCUUGGCAAAGCCUUAUGCUGGGAAGCUAAUUAUUGCCACCAUCGCACUUCUGAUAGAAUCUACAUCACGUGUUAUGAUUCCAAAAUAUUGUGGAAUAAUAAUAGACAUUGUAUCAAGAGAUAUAAGGACUCCUGAACAACAAUCUGAAGCCUUGGUUGCUGUCAAGAAUGCUGUACUAGAUAUUGUGAUGAUAGUUGUAUUAGGUUCUCUGUGUUCAGCACUUGAGGAAUGGUUGUUUGCUUCUGUUAGUGAAAGGAUUGUAGCUCGUUUGAGAAAGGACUUAUUCAGUCAUCUCAUUAAUCAGGAAAUUGCCUUCUUUGAUGUUACUAAAACGGGGGAACUCCUAAGCAGACUAUCUGAAGACUCCCAGAUCAUAAAGAAUGUGGCAACUUCCAAUCUCUCUUCAGCUCUUACAAGCAUAACAACUGCUGCUAUCACCCUUAGCUUCAUGUUCUCAUCAUCAUGGAAGUUAACAUUGUUGGCUUUGGCUGUAGUGCCAGUCAUUUCAGUUGCUGCACGUAAAUUUGGUUACCAUCUUCGCGAACUUUCAAAUACAACUCAAGCUGCAGCUGCAGAAGCUUCCUCAAUGGCACAGGAAUCUUUUGGGGCCAUUCGGACAGUGAGAUCUUUUGCUCAAGAAGGUUAUGCAAUUUCAAGUUACUCAGAAAAAGUUGAUCAUACCCUCAAGCUUGGACUUAGACAAGCUAAAUUAGUUGCUCUAUUUUAUGGAGGUCUAGAUGCAGCAUCCACAUUGUCUCUUAUUACAGUGAUGGUUUAUGGAGCUAUCUUAACAAUAGCACGCUCAAUUACUACUGGCUCACUUACAUCCUUUAUUCUGUAUUGCUUCACAGUUCGAUCCUCAGUAUCCUCACUAGCAGGACUAUAUACAGCUGGAAUGAAAGCUGCAGGUGCAAGUAGGAGAGUUUUUCAGCUGCUAGAUCGUGUCUCAACCAUGCCGAUAUCAGGGAAUGAGUGCCCCUUAGGGAAUCCAGAUGGAGAUGUGGAAUUAGAUGAUAUCUGGUUUGCAUAUCCUUCUCGGCCCAGUCACAUGAUACUCAAGGGAAUAACUUUGAAACUGAGGCCUGGUUCAAAAGUUGCCCUUGUUGGUCCAAGUGGUGGUGGAAAAACAACAAUUGCUGGCCUAAUUGAGAGGUUUUACGACCCUCUCAAGGGAAAGAUUUUGCUAAAUGGGGUUCCUCUAGUGGAAAUAUCACACAAGUAUCUACACAAGAAGAUAAGUAUAGUGAGCCAGGAGCCUGUACUUUUCAAUUGCUCUGUGGAAGAGAACAUUGCCUACGGGUUCGAUGGCAAAGCAAGCAGUUCAGAAAUAGAACAUGCAGCUAAAAUGGCUAAUGCCCAUGAUUUCAUAGAAAAUUUUCCUGAAAAAUAUCGAACUGUUGUUGGAGAGCGUGGGUUGAGACUCUCAGGAGGCCAGAAACAAAGGAUUGCAAUUGCGAGGGCACUCCUGAUGGACCCAAGAGUUUUGCUAUUAGACGAAGCCACCAGCGCUCUGGAUGCCGAGAGUGAAUACCUUGUUCAGGAUGCAAUGGAGUCUCUGAUGAGGGGCAGGACAGUUCUGGUAAUAGCACACAGGCUUUCAACCGUAAAAAGUGCAGACACAGUUGCUGUAAUAUCUGAUGGUCGAAUAGCAGAAAGUGGCAACCAUGAGGAGCUUCUCAGCAAGAAUGGUAUUUACACUGGCCUCGUCAAAAGGCAACUCCAAGGACCUUCAACCCCCAACUAGUUAUAUUAGGUGGACUGAAAUCUUCGUUUGUAAAUGAUUCCUCUGCUUGAAUGAUUAGUAAUGUGAAACAAUGUUCCAAACCUGUCAUCCCUUUAGACUAUUCUUUACACCCCACAAUACAACAGACAAAUUGUCUUGGAUGCCACAA